AUGAAUUGCUGUAAACUCUUGACAGUUGUUUUUCUCUCUCUGCAGGAGGUCACGGCCAGUAGCCGCCAUUACGUUGAUAGAUUAUUUGACCUGGAUCCUCAGAAGGUCCUGCAAGGUGUCAUAGAUAUGAAAAAUGCUGUAAUUGGAAACAACAAACAAAAAGCCAACUUGAUUGUUUUGGGAGCAGUUCCAAGGUUGCUGUAUUUACUUCAACAAGAAACCUCCAGCACAGAACUGAGAACAGAAUGCGCAGUGGUCCUGGGAAGCCUUGCAAUGGGUACAGAGAAUAAUGUCAAAUCCCUCCUAGACUGCCAUAUUAUCCCAGCCUUACUGCAAGGAUUACUGUCACCAGAUCUGAAAUUCAUCGAAGCUUGCCUGCGAUGUCUCCGUACCAUUUUCAUCAGUCCUGUUACUCCAGAGGAUCUCCUAUACACAGAUGCUACAGUUAUCUCCCACCUCAUGGCCCUGCUCAGUAGGUCUCGAUACACGCAAGAAUACAUCUGUCAGAUCUUCUCACAUUGCUGCAAAGGUCCAGAUCACCAGACACUCUUAUUUAACUAUGGAGCUGUUCAGAAUAUUGCACAUCUGUUAGUUUCCACCUCCUACAAAGUUCGAAUGCAGGCAUUGAAAUGCUUCUCAGUUCUAGCCUUUGAAAACCCACAGGUAUCAAUGACUCUUGUAAAUGUGUCAGUGGAUGGAGAAUUGUUACCACAAAUUUUUGUGAAGAUGUUACAAAGGGACAAGCCCAUUGAAAUGCAGCUCACAGCAGCCAAAUGCCUUACUUCCAUGUGCAGAGCAGGAGCGAUACGGACAGACGAUUCCUGCAUCGUUCUUAAGACUCUGCCGUGCUUGGUUCGAAUGUGCAGUAAGGAAAGGCUGCUGGAGGAGCGAGUGGAAGGAGCAGAAACACUGGCCUAUCUGAUUGAAACUGACGUGGAGCUCCAGAGAAUUGCCAGCAUUACCGACCACCUCAUCAUCAUGCUUGCUGACUACUUCAAGUACCCCAGCUCAGUGAGUGCAAUCACUGAUAUCAAGAGGCUGGACCACGACUUGAAGCACGCCCACGAGCUGCGCCAGGCGGCUUUCAAGCUCUAUGCCUCCCUGGGAGCAAAUGAUGAAGACAUCAGAAAAAAGAUCAUUGAGACUGAAAACAUGAUGGAUCGGAUUGUGAACGGCUUGUCUGAGUCUAGUAUCAAGGUGCGAUUAGCUGCAGUCAGAUGUUUGCACAGUUUGUCCCGUUCUGUACAGCAGCUCAGGACAAGUUUUCAGGAUCAUGCUGUAUGGAAACCUUUAAUGAAGGUUUUACAGAAUGCUCCCAAUGAAAUUCUCAUAGUAGCAUCUUCCACACUAUGCAAUCUUCUUCUGGAAUUCUCUCCAAGCAAGGAGCCUAUUUUAGAAUCAGGAGCCAUAGAACUUCUAUGUAGUUUAACACAGAGUGAAAAUCUUGCCUUGAGAGUGAAUGGCAUUUGGGCUUUAAUGAAUAUGGCGUUUCAAGCAGAACAGAAGAUCAAGUCAGACAUCUUACGAGGUCUGAGCACAGAGCAGUUAUUCCAGUUGCUUUCUGAUUCUGAUGUCAAUGUUCUGAUGAAAACCUUGGGACUGCUCAGGAACCUUCUGUCCACUCGCCCACACAUAGACCAUAUAAUGAGCACUCAUGGGAAGCAAAUCAUGCAAGCAGUGACCCUCAUUCUGGAAGGGGAGCACAAUAUAGAAGUCAAAGAGCAGACACUGUGUAUACUUGCCAAUAUAGCAGAUGGAACGACAGCAAAGGAGCUGAUUAUGACCAACGAUGACAUCCUGCAGAAAAUCAAAUACUACAUGAGUCACUCAAAUGCUAAACUUCAGCUUGCUGCCAUGUUCUGUAUAUCAAAUCUCAUAUGGAAUGAAGAAGAAGGUUCCCAGGAACGCCAGGAUAAACUACGAGAUAUGGGAAUAGUGGAUAUUCUACAUAAAUUGAGUCAGUCAUCAGAUCCCAAUCUGUGUGACAAGGCGAAGACAGCACUCCAGCAGUAUCUUGCAUGAUCAAAGACUGAAUGAAUCUAUGGACACCCCUCAUGUCUACUUAAGGAACAGCAGGAGAUACUCCUGACUCCUUAUAUUUGCACAAGUCACCUUGGGCUGCAUUUUUCUCAGGUGCAGGGAGCUGCUUUGCAGAAACAGUUUAAAUGAUCAGGUCUCCAGUGCACUUGAGAAUUUUCUUGAGGUAGUUUCUUUACUCAGAGGACUCUUGGGGGGUUGUUUUGGUUUUUUGGGUUGGUUGUUUUGGUUUUUUUCCUGAGCUACCUGGACUUUUGGAUAGAACAAUCAGUCAUCAUUUUCCUUUUGGGCCUACAAUGUUCUGCUUUUGCUGCAGCCUGUGUGUGUGGACGUGUGUGUGCGCUUGGGUGAAUGUGUGUGAGUGUGACACCUCAAUUUUGUUUCUCCUUUUUUUUGUGUGUGUGUGUGUGAAAAUCUUUUUCUACAGGUUUUCAAGGAUUAACCAUUGUUUGCUGUACGAAUACUUCAAUUAAUUAUAUACAGUUUGAAUGAAAUGUUAUUUAAAAAAAAAACAACGAACUGUUGUAUCCCAUAAAGUUUAUUUUGAAUUUUGAACAGAUGAAUGUUUUUAAGUAAAAUAUAUGCAUUUCUGAACUUCA